AUGUCUUCUCCGCCACAGAGCGACGCUCCCGCUGCGCCGGAGAUAAUACAUACGCCUACGGACGACUCGGCCGCCCCGGAAGGCGAAGAUGGACAUACAGAACAUGGCGCAAAAGAUGAGGCAGAGGAGCUUCCAUCGGAUGCUGACGAGGAGACUCGUCUGAAGUUCCUCACCACCGGCACCCGCGAUCAGGAUGAUCUGGAGCGAGACAUCGGCCGUCAGGCAGACCAGCUGCUCACAGAGCAGGCUGAUGAGAGGGACAAGAAGCGCAUGGACAAGGCGGAAGCAGAGGCUAAGCGGUGUCAGCAAGCGAUUCAGAAGCUGCGGAGUCGGUUGGCAAUGCCCCUCGUAGACUCGCAGAAGCUCAAACUUCGUGAGGAUCUGGACAAGGAGUUGGACUCGAUACAGCAACAAUCAGCCCAAGAUGGCGUUCAUGGGCCCUUACCGAGCGAGACCCGACGAGACUUCCUGAUACGCACGGGCAAGAUCACACCUUUCUCGAAGCUGGCGCAAAACCGGCCUGGUGCUGGAACGCUCGGGGAAGUCAUGCUGGAUGCUGAGGUGGAGGAUAUGGUUGAGGAGGCCACCAAGGGUCCAACAUCGCAUCGGAAUCUCAUGAAGCCUGGAUUUGAAGGCGUUGCGUCCUCGUCAGAGCCUAGCAGCGCACCGGAGUCUUCGCGGCCUAGGAAAAGGCGGCGGAUAACGCCCGUAGGCGGGGCCGUUAGCUCAAGAGAACCGAGCGAGGCCCCAGGCACACCGCGCGAUGAGUCUGAUGAUGCCUACGCACCUGACCUGAAUGAUCGUGAGCUUGCGGCGCUAGGGGAAUCCGAAGGUUACUCCGAGGACGUCACACAAGACGACGAGUAUGAAGACGAGACGGUGGGUCGCAAGCGCAAAGCAGGUAGCAGAAAGGCCAAGAAGAAGAAGGAGGCUGCUCAAGCCUCGGUCGAGGAGGAGGACCUUGCGGGAGUCGAUGAUGGCAACGAGAAGGUUUACCAGAAUCGAAUGCGCGCAUGGACGGAGAAACGGUCUACAGCCAGGAUGCGAGCGAGAGAGAGGAGAGCUGAGGCCAUUGAAGAGGACGAAGAAGAGGAGGAAUGCUACAAGCCUCAUCCAACGGAACCUGAUACUGAAUUCGAAGGCGGCUUUCGCAUACCCGGCGACAUAUAUCCUGCCUUAUUCGACUAUCAGAAAACUGGCGUACAAUGGCUAUGGGAGCUCUACUCGCAGAAUGUCGGUGGUAUCAUUGGCGACGAGAUGGGGUUGGGUAAAACCAUCCAGGCCAUCUCCUUUAUCGCUGGCCUACACUACUCGAAACUGCUUACGAAGCCUGUCAUCGUGGUAUGUCCGGCCACCGUCAUGAAGCAGUGGGUCAACGAGUUCCAUCGGUGGUGGCCGGCACUACGCGUGUCAAUUCUACACACCUCUGGUAGCGGUAUGCUCGACACGCGCCGCGAGGAUCGCAUGGAGCGUGAGAUGGAGCUGAGAAGUUAUGGAGAAUAUGAUGCGAGUCUGACAGGCGCUGGUAAGGCAGCCAAGAAGAUUGUCGAGAAAGUCAAGCGAGACGGUCACGUCCUCAUCACCACCUAUUCAGGACUUCAGACCUACUCAGAGUUCCUGGCUCCCGUCGAUUGGGAGACCGCUAUUCUGGAUGAAGGGCAUAAGAUUCGCAAUCCGAACACAUCUAUCACCAUUCACUGCAAAGAGCUGCGUACACCAAACCGGAUCAUCCUCUCUGGAACUCCGAUGCAGAACAACCUAACUGAGCUAUGGUCAUUGUUCGACUUCGUCUUCCCGAUGCGUCUCGGCACGCUUGUCAACUUCCGUAACCAGUUCGAAUUCCCGAUCAAGCGGGGUGGCUACGCGAACGCAUCGAAUCUCGAAUUUGAGACUGCUAUGCGAUGCGCAGAGACGCUCAAGGAUGCAAUAAGCCCGUAUUUGCUCCAGCGCUUCAAAGUUGACGUCGCGGCCGAUCUUCCGCAGAAGAAGGAGCAAGUUCUCUUCUGCAAGCUGACCCGCCAGCAGCGUGAGGCAUACGAGAACUUCCUUCAUUCGGAUGACAUGAGGUCCAUCGCCAACGGCAAACGCCAGAUGCUCUUCGGAGUCGAUUACCUGCGCAAAAUCUGCAACCAUCCCGACCUUACUCAACACAAAACGCUUUCCAAGGAACCUGGGUACGAUUACGGUGCGGCAAACAAGUCCGGGAAGAUGCAAGUCGUCAAAGAGCUGUUAUCGCUCUGGGUGAAGGGUGGGCACAAGACGCUCCUCUUCGCCCAACAUCGCAUCAUGCUUGACAUUCUGCAGAAGUUUCUCGACAGCCUGCCUAACCUCAAUUACCGGCGUAUGGACGGCGAAACUCCAAUCAAAGACCGACAGGAUCUCGUUGACGAAUUCAACAACGACCCGGAUCUCCACGUCUUCCUCCUCACGACGAAAGUCGGAGGUCUCGGUGUGAAUCUGACAGGCGCGAACCGCGUCAUCAUCUACGACCCUGACUGGAACCCUUCCACCGACAUCCAGGCUCGUGAGCGGUCAUGGCGUCUGGGUCAGAAGCGAGAGGUUGAAAUAUACCGUCUCAUGUCUGCAGGAACCAUCGAAGAGAAGAUCUACCACCGCCAAAUCUUCAAGCAAUUCCUCACGAACAAGGUGUUGAAGGACCCGAAGCAGCGGCAGACAUUCCAGAUGAGCGAUCUCCACGAUCUCUUCACGCUGGGCAGCGACAAAGCCGACGGCGAGACAGAAACGGGCAACAUGUUCCGCGGCUCAGAAGUCAAUUUCAAGGAUCAAAAGAAAGCCAACGUUGCCGCCCCAUCAGCAGCCCCAGAUGCAACCGCAACCGCAGACCUCGCAGCCGUAAAAGGCAUCGCUCACGCUGAAACCUUCCAAGCACCGGCCUCCGACUCUGAAGACUCUUCUAAACCGCAAGACGGUGAGGAAGACAAAACAGAUGGCCGCCUCAUGUCCACUAUUUUCGCUAAAUCAGGUGUGCACUCCGUCCUUGAGCACGACGCUAUCGUCAACGCGACUGCUUCCGGCCGUAAGCGCAGAGUACAAGCAGACCCCGCGUUCGUGCAGCGCGAAGCUAAACGCCAAGCUGCCAUUGCCGCCGAGCAGUUGAAGAAGUCAAUGGAGGACGCACGGCGCGCACCGGUCGGUGUACCGACCUGGACGGGUACAUACGGCGAAGCCGGGCGGCCCGAAGAACCACCUCUCCGCCCCUUGCCCUCCGCUCGCGGCGGCCUCUCUGCGCGCGGCGCUCGCGGUGGUGCCCGCGGCGGCGGCGGCGGUCUGUCAUCAGCAUCCAUCCUCUCCAACCUCGCCGCCCGCCAGGGCCGCCCCAGCACAACAACCGCCUCAAACAGCUCCUCGGCAGGCUCCUCGCGCGCCAACACCCCGCAGUCCUUCCGCGGCCGCCAGAUGCUCACCAUGCUGCGCGACUUCAUGCUCACGCACGGCGGCGUGGUCCCCACGCGCAUGCUCGUCGACCACUUCGACCAUUACUGCCGCGCGGUCCCGGGGCGCAGCGAGGAGUUCCGCGAGAUGCUCAAGUUGAUUGCGAAGCUAGAGCGCAGUGGGAGUGCGCAGCGGGGGCGGUGGGUGUUGAAGGAUGAGUGGAGGGGUGAGGGCGCGGCGGGACGCAGUUGA